GGAGAGGUUCAGUCAUGUGAAAUGACUGAAAAAUUUGCAGAUAUCCUACAGUUUUGCAGUCAUCUUUCAAAACUCAUGGUUACAGAAAUACGAAGAAGGGCUUCCAACCAGUCAACAGAGGCAGCAAGCUGUGCAAUAGUCAAGUUUCUGGAGAUAGAAUCCACUGAGGAAACCAGCAAUGGCUGGAUGUUGUUGAGUGCAUUAAACUUGUUGUCCAGUGGAAGUCAGGCACUCAUUGACUGUAUGACGGCAGCCUCUCUCCCUUCCACCCUUGUCAAGUGUCUCUACCUAUUCUUUGAUCUGCCAGAUGUCAUAGAUGGUGAUUCACUAGAUCAGGGAAGCCAAUUCACAGCAAAAGAAAGGCGAAUUCUUUUACAGAAAGUUUUUGUUCAGAUCUUGGUGAGGUUGUGCAAUCACCAAUCCCCAGCCGAGGAGCUGGCUAGAAAGGAUGACCUUAGUCUGUUGUUCAGUGCAAUAACAAGUUGGUGCCCAGCACACAACGCUCUAUGGAGAAAAUCUGCUGGAGAGGUGCUCGUCACUCUGUCCAGGCAUGGGCUUACCACAAAUGUGGUGAAGUACAUUCACGAAAAAGGUUGUGUUAGACACUGUAUAGAGAACAUGCAGCGUAUCCAAGAGUUAUCUCCUCUUGAACUUGUGGAAAUGUUUGUCACCGUCUUCUGUUUCCUAAAAGACUCGAGUGAAGUGUCGCAGAUUCUGUUAGAUGAUUUCCGUUCGUGCCAAGGCUAUAUAUACUUGUCUGAAUUCCUCCUAAGGUUGGAACAAGACAAGAAUGAGGAGGCUCAACAGGCCUUAAGAAAUCUGGUGUUACUAGUGGGCUCUCUCACCACCUGUGGCUUUGCAGAAAUCAAACCCAGCUAUGGUAGUUCUGGGGCCCUGUUCCAGAUACCAGGCUUCUCUGUUCCACAACCUACAGGCAAAGGUGUGAGUGUACGAAAUAUCCAGGCAUUCCAGGUAUUACAGUCUGUGUUCAUCAAGGCAACAACAAGUCCUUUGUGCCUGAUCGUCCUAGAUGUCAUCAACAGCAUCUACCACCAGGACAACGCCAACUAUUUCAUUCUGGAACCGCAGCACACACUCUCACAGUUUGCUGAGAAAAUCCAUCUAAAACCUGUCGAUGUUCAGGAAAAAUUCUUUGAAUUGCUUGAGUUUGUGGUUUUUGAUCUGAACUUCGUGCCAUGUAAGGAGUUAAUAUCUGGCAGUAUUCUUAUCAAAGGCAACCAUUCCGUACGAUGCAGUAUCCUGUGUAUGAAGACAUUACAGCGAGUGCUCCAGCACCAUGCUGUCUAUCGUGAGGUGUUUAGGGAAGUGGGGAUGUUAGAGGUAAUGGUUACCUGUCUCCAUAGGUACGCAGCUCUCCUCAAGGAUCCAGAGGAUGAUGAAGCCUAUGAGAAGAUGGACCCUGAGCAACAGCAACUAGGUUUCCUUGUGAUGGACUGCCUCACACUCCUGCUUAGUUCCAACAACAGCAAUGCAGCGGUAUUCAGGGAGUGUGGAGGGGCAAGAUGUGCGCACAACAUGGUAGCCUUUCCUCAGUGUCGCCAUCAAGUGCUUGGCAUCAUUCAACAACUCGUGCUGUCCCCUGGUGGUGAUGAUGAUAUGGGCACUUUACUUUGUCUGAUGCACACUGCACCAGUCUUGGCUCUUGAGCUCAAAACACAUAUUCUGAAGUCCCUGCUACAUGUGUUGAGGGAAAGUCACCGGACAAGGACUGUGUUUAGGAAGGUUGGAGGAUUUGUGUAUGUUAUGUCAGUGUUGGUAUCCAUGGAGGGGUGUCUAGCAGAUCCACCUAAAAUGCCUUGGGGCACAGUUUCUCGCUAUGAAGUUCUGGGCAUGCUGCGGACUGUUUUCAGCACCCUUACAGUUGCCAUGAGAUAUGAACCUGCAAAUGCUAAAUUCUUUGAUACGGAGGUGCGUUAUGACAGCCUUACAGAAGCUGUACGCUUACUUGGGUGUUUUUCUGGGACCAUUGAUAUACAGCAAGCUAUGGACUUUAUCAUAGAAGAUGAGGAGACAAUUACAGCCGUGUUUGAGGAGUUCUUUGUCCACACAAAGGAGAGCAAAUUGGAGACCGAAGUUUCCAUUACAUUACUGUCAGCUUGUAUCAUGCUGAAAUAUCUCUACAACAUGGCACUGGACAUAUUUGAUAAGCCUGGGGUAGGGGGAAGCCAAACACAAAGCACAGAUUCCCCAGCUCUGAAACGUUACACCAUGCUACAGACUUCCAGAGAUGAUGGUGUACAGACAUCACCAAAACCCAAACGAGCGUCUACAGGAAGUAUCAACAUCUCCCCCACCACGAACCAGGAACAAGUGAUUGUACAUCCUGGGGCUGUACUCUCGAUCUUCCACCUCCUCCCAGCCAUAGAGCAUGAGUCCAGCUCUAGGCUGACAUUAUCCCUGAAGCUAUACACAGCUAAGCUGCUACGAGCCCUCUUACACACCGAGCGUAACCAACAGAUCAUGUGUGAGAACGGCUUCCCUCAUGAGCUACUAAGUCAUGGCUAUAUAGCUCUAGCGGACGAGCUUCACCCCUUACACUCCAUACUGAGGGCCAUGUUUGAAAGGCUGGCCGCACAGUCACUGACUCCUAGAGAUCUGAGAGAUUUUUCCCGGUUAGGAUCCCCAUUGAAUUGUCAACCUGUGGAUGAGAUGUUUGAUGGACCCACUCAAAAGACUUGGAACCACAACUGGCCUCUAAGCCGUGCACCCAGUAUAGAGGAACGACGUACACCUGUGGAGGUCGUCAAACACCUUCAAACAGCCGGGGGUGUCGUACCACUCACACGUGUCAAAUGUCUAGUCUCAAUGACCACUCCAAAAGAUGCAAGAAUGCACGGGUUGGCCGUAACACCAGCCUUUGUGGAAUUUGACAUGAGUGCUGAGGGUUUUGGGUGUCUAUACUUGCCUAGUAUUGCCCCUCAGGGCCCUCCGACUCCCUCAGUGGUGUCGGGUGUGGUUGGUGGGUCAGACCCCAUAGUGAUAGGAGGAGUGGGCACUGGGGAGAGAGUGUUCCCUCCACAGUCAGGCAUGACUUUCUCAACAUGGUUCUGUGUGGACAAAUUCUCAAGCACAAGUGACCCACACCCGGUACGGCUUCUGACCAUUGUACGGAAUCUCCAGGGGAGGGAAGAGAAUCUCAUUUGUCUUAGUGUCAUGUUAACGUCAAGGGAGCGUUCUCUCGUAGUAUCAACACAGGAGUCAACAUUGCCAAACACAGUCACUGGUGUAGAGAAUGAACCAGAGCCAGUCUUGAAUGACAACACAGUGCGAUUUUGGUACCCAGAGCUGACACAGGAAGGACAGUGGCACCACCUGGUGUUGAUAUUCCACAGAGCCGGUAUCAUGAAAAACAGCAGUGUCAGUCUGUUUGUAGAUGGGGACCAUGUCAACACACAAAAACUACAUUACAUCUCUCCAAAUUUGGGAGGGGGCGGUACUGCCAGCCCCACCGCCUUCACCUCUGUAUUCGCCUACAUCGGUAGUCCACCUCAACUACGCAGAAACUCACGCCUGACCUGGAGACAGGGCCCUUGUCACCUUCUAGAGGACAUUGUCACUCAUGCUGUUGUUGCCAAUAUUUACAACCUGGGGCCCACAUAUCUAGGCAGCUUCCAGUCACCUGUCCUUGAAGACAGUGAUACUGUUGUUGCCCUGAUUGCGGAAGAGAAAGUUGUGUUUGGUGUCCAUGCACAUGCUGUUCUCCAGAUGACCAUUGCCAAAAUCAGAAAAGUCUACAAUAAAGUGGACAGCAAGUCUAUAGCUAAACAGCUGGCUAUGUCCACCCAUGACAAUGCUACACCUAUCCGUCUUCUCCACAACUCCGCUGCUCACCUCAGCGGCUUGGCCCGCAGUCUGGGUGCCAUCCUCAUUGGUUAUCUUGGGGUCAGGACCUUCUGCCCCAAACCUGUAGCCAAAAUGCUAGAGAAUGUAGGAGGUGCUUCAGCUCUGCUAGGGCUGCUGGCCAUGGCUACUGAUGUGGAAGGGCUAUAUGCAGCAGUCAAAGCCCUUGUCUGUGUUGUCAAGAGCAACAAGACUGUUCUCAAGGACAUGGAAAGGAUACAGGGUUAUCAGACCUUGGCCAUGCUGUACAAGAAGAAGCAGCACCUCCUGAACAGCCACAUCCUACACCUUACAUUUUCCCUCAUCGGCACGGUGGACAGCGGCAAGGAGAGCUCUGUUAUUCCAAACAGGAAAGCCUUUGAGGACCUCCUUUGUGAUCUGGAGGUGUGGCAUGAAGCACCAUACGAUCUCCAGCGUUCACUGUAUGAACAUUUCUACGAGCUGUUGACAGAAUCAAGCCGCUCGAUACGUCAAAAGAGUGACCAGGUGAGCAACUUCCAGCUGAUGAGAGAUAUCGGUCUGACAUCAAGGUUACUCCACAUCCUCAAGGACACAAAGCUGACGGAGGCCACCAUUGACACCAUCACAAAUGUUGUGUAUGUCUUAUUACAGGGUCCUCCUGACCAACACAGCCUACUCAGACUUGGUCAGUUCAUCGUGUCAACACUACCUCAGAUGUCCUCUACAGAGAAGAACAUCAGCCUCAGUAGAGUUAACCAAUCAAAGUCGGCUCCUACCACACAGGGAGACAACUCCACAGGGGGAGAUGGCGAGAAGAUUACUGUGUACACAAUCAAACUGAGGAACACUUGUCUGGAGAUCAUCUUACGACUGCUACAGGACGGCAAUUCAACAACGGUCCAUUCACAGACGUGUGAGGAGAUACAGAAAGUGCUUGGAUUUGAUUGGCUACUACUGUUUGUACAAGGCCAUGUCCACCGAUCAACAGUUAUCAUGGCACUGCGCAUUCUACUGCUGAUGCUCCAGAAUCCUAUUGCAGUACAGCGGUUCAGGGAAGGCAAUCCCGGUGGGGGCUGGCUACGAAACACUGAACCUGUUCUUAAGCAACAUGUCGGAGUCAUGCUAGGGUUAAACAUUGGUACUAACAGUAAAGGAGGACAGAAGCGAGAGCUGAAUAAGGAGAUCUGUCGUGUACCAGGCUUCACUGCCUUACAAUGGCUGCUCCCCAAACACAGCCACGUACCUGAAGUCUACUUCCUGUUGAUGGCACUGUUGCUAGGACAACUGGUCAACAAAUUACCUGCUGACUGCCAGUUGAAUCUCGAUGCAGUGUGGACUGUGAUAUUUGGUGUACCGGCUAGCAAACCUGUGUCUAUAGUAGCCAAGGAGAAACACACAGAACUGUGUCCGGAUGCUGCGCUGGUCAUCAUGUCCAUGAUCAGGUCCAUGCUUAACCUGGAUGUGGAGUUGGAAAAGGACAGUUGGGUACAGGAAUACCCUGUGACCUUGAUGCAGUUUCUUUUAUUUCUUUACCACAACCAACCUGAGUUCAUCUCACUGUCCUCAACACCAGAAAUGAUUGGCAGUCUAGCUGCUACUCUCUUUCCCAGUGUGAUUAUUGAGUCUGAUGGAGGAGAUGUCACCACACCUACGGAGGAAUUCAAACCUUUCCCCGACUCAGAGUCAUAUGUCAAUAUAAACACACCAGAAAAUUACAAACCGGGCUUCCUGACGGGACAUCCUGCCCGUAAGUUUGUGAUGGACUUCCUGCGGACCAUUGUGAUAGAUAGUUUCUCCCAGCAAGUGUCAUUCAAAUCCACCACAAUACUGGAUAUUGUGCUCGAUGCAUCACCUGAAAAUGCCUCGCGGGCACAGAGGAAAGAGUUCCAGACAGAAAUUAUGAAAACUGUGAUGGAACACUUAGUGGCAGCAGAUGUGUUGCUAGGAGACCAGGCAGCAUUGCCUAUUGGGAGUGGUGGUAGCUACACAAAUAUGGCCAACAAUGUCUUCUACUUCGCCAGUCGACUAGUUGACAAACUCUGGCAGAAUGUGUUCACACGAGAAUCCAAGGAAGUAUUUGAAUUUAUCAGUAAACUCAUCCAGCAAGCCAAACGUAAAGCAUCAGGAAUCUCGCUGGACCUUAUAUACCGGUCACUGAACAGGACCGUGCUGUUCCAGCUGUCCAGGCCUAUACAGUCGGUGGCCAUACAGACCACAGUUCUGGACGCCCUCCACAAACUGACCAGUAAUCGUGGCCUGGUAUUUGGCCCAGCCAAUUAUGACCAGGAGUUCCUUGUGUGUCUGUGUUACUGUCUACUCCAGCUUACUGAGGAUCCUAGUCAAAGCGCUGCCAAUCUGCACGGCGGUAAGGCCAUGCGUACAACCUGGCAUGUAAACAUGGAGCAGGGUGAGGAACUAACAGAUGAGGUGGUAGAUCUCGCCUAUAUGGAGCUCAGCUCUAGUGUCUUAGAAGGCCACCACCUAGUGGCCAAUGCAGCCAAACGUGUUUGGGAGGAGUUGUACGCGUGUAAAAAACCUGUUCUUGAAGAAGUGUUUAAAACCCAGCUGAACAACAUGGACCCAGCUAGUUCUAGGAUAACGUCACCAGAUCUCAACUCUGUCAGGGGUUUGAUACAAGAGAAUUCGUCCAAAGUGUGGAUAGGGUAUGCAGACUCCGAGAGGAAGGGUAACGUUUCAUAUUCAGAAAGACUUCCUGCCCAGAUACAAUCAAAACUACAGAAGGUUGGAAGUGGCAUGUUAAGGCUUGCAACAAGAAAACCAAAGAAGGAACUGCCCCUCAAAUCAUCUCCUUCUUCUAAUGUCCACAUGACAGAUUACAUUUCCUGGACUCUCACACACAUGGCUAUAGUCAAGGAUUUAUCCGAGCUGCAGUUCCAGCAGUACAUACAUGGUCAAGAACAUAUGGCUAAAUACCUGGCUGAGGAGUGGGCCCAAACUGAAGGAGAACUUCUACGAGAGAAGGGUCUGUGGGGGCCGCAUGUUGGGAGUCGACUGGACAAGUGGCAAUCAGACAUGACUGAAGGUCCGUGUCGAAUGAGGAAGAAAAUGGUGAAGAAUGAUCUCUUCUUCCAACACUACCCCUACAGACCUGACAUGGAGGAUAGUCCACUUAAGUACAAGGUGGCCAUGAGCUUUGAUAGCAAGGAGUACUAUGAACAAUACAGGCCACAGACCCUUGUGGAGCAUGGCAAGGAAAUACUACCCAUCCAAAUGGGUGUGGAUAGUGGACUAACAGGGAGUUCUGGGGGCGGACAGGAUGAGGAUAGGUCCCCAGUCGAUAUGCUGAGCAUGCCGAAGUUACUGCCACAGUCUAAUAGUCAGAAGUCAACUGAGGCUGAUGAUGACCUUGACGAGUCAACCGUGGAAGGUGACCUUGACAAACCAGACAGUCAGGAAAACGCUGGUGAAACAGUGUCAGAGGUCCAUUCUGGGGGAAAGACUGACAAUAACCAAACCAUCCUCAGGAUCCUCGGUGAGGGAGAGAAGAUAACCAACAUCUUCCGAUGUGCACGGAUACUGGGUUUAGAUACAGCAGAAGGCCUUCUUCUGUUCGGUCGGGAACACUUCUAUGUUAUAGAUGGUUUCACCAUGCUGAGGACUCGCGAGAUCCGUGACAUUGACAGUCUACCUCCAGACCUUCAUGAUCCAAUAAUUCCCAAAACCACAAAAGGCACUGGUUCACAGAAACGCAUAUGUAGCAAGUUUGCCCAUGAAGAUAUAAGAGAGGUACACAAGCGGCGGUAUUUAUUACAACCCAUAGCUGUAGAAUUCUUCUCCGCAGAUGGAAGGAACUACUUAUUAUCAUUCCCAAAGAAACUCAGGAACAAAGUUUAUGCAAAGUUUAUGGCAGUGGCAACCUCAAUGACCGACAAUGCCCAACAGUCUGUGUCUGGGCAGAAACACAGUGCCAAGGUGGAAGCAGGAUCUGGAUUAAUCAGCAACUUGAUAGGUGAAAAAUCUGUCACACAGAGAUGGGAGAGAGGUGAGAUAAACAACUUUCAGUAUCUGAUGCACCUCAAUACCCUGGCAGGACGAUCCUAUAAUGACCUGAUGCAGUACCCUGUGUUUCCCUGGAUUGUGGCUGACUACGAUUCAGAGGAACUGGACCUGUACAAGGCUGAGACAUUCCGCGAUCUGUCCAAACCUAUGGGGGCCCAGACACCUGAACGACUCAAACAGUUCAAGAAGCGAUACCAGGACUGGGAUGAUCCUCAAGGUGAGACACCGCCCUACCAUUAUGGGACCCACUACUCCUCGGCCAUGAUUGUGGCUUCUUACCUUCUCAGGAUGGAACCAUUCACUCAACAUUUCCUCAGCCUCCAGGGAGGACACUUUGAUUUAGCUGACAGGAUGUUCCACAGUGUAAAAGAAAACUGGUUAUCAGCCUCCAAAAACAACAUGGCUGAUGUAAAGGAACUUAUCCCAGAGUUCUUUUACCUGCCAGAAUUCUUAAAAAAUUCAAAUAGCUUUGAUCUUGGAAUGAAACAGAGUGGAGUCCAGCUGGAUGAUGUGGUACUUCCUCCGUGGGCACGUGAGGACCCGAGGGAGUUUAUCAGGGCCCACAGAGAGGCCCUUGAGAGUGACUAUGUGAGUGCCCAUCUCCACGAGUGGAUAGAUCUGAUCUUUGGCUUCAAACAGUUGGGCCAGUCUGCCAUUGAGUCCAUCAAUGUGUUUCACCAUCUCUUCUAUGAGGGAAAUGUGGACAUAUACAGUAUUGAUGACCCACUCAAGAAAAAUGCAACUAUAGGAUUCAUCAAUAACUUUGGUCAGAUUCCCAAACAGCUGUUUAAGAAACCCCAUCCACAGAAACGACAGAAUAUCAAGCUAUUGGACCCCAUCCCCAUGGGUUCUAUACCUGCAGCGAUGGCGGAGAAAUUAUUUUUCCAUAAUGUUGACAAUCUCCGGCCUACAAAACAGACCAUUAAAGAGUUGAAAAGUGCUGUAGGCCAGAUAAUACAACAUGAAAAGUAUGUCCUGGCCGUAGAACAGAAUAAAGUCCUCAUCCCUCCAGCUUACAACAGAUAUCUGGCCUGGGGAUUCGCAGAUCAAAGUGUUCGCAUUGGAAACUACGAGUCAGAAAAGGCCAUUAGUGUGUAUGAGUCUCUAGAUAACGGUGAAAUUCUGUGUUCCACCUGUCCUAACGCCAAGAUCUUCAUCACAGGCGGCACCAGCUGUGUUGUGAAUGUGUGGGAGAACCGACCUAAGGAGAAGAAGGUGGUGCUAAAACAGCCAUUGUUUGGUCAUCUGGAGACAGUAACAUGCCUGGCCUCAUCUCAGGCUUACAAUGUCAUUGUCAGUGGAUCACGUGAUCGCUGCUGUAUAAUCUGGGACCUCAGUCGCCUCCAGUAUGUCAGACAGCUACGAGGACAUUCAGCACCUGUGGCUGCCGUCUGUAUCAACGAACUCACGGGAGAUAUUGCCAGCUGUGCAGGUACCUAUCUGUAUGUGUGGUCCAUCAAUGGAAAGGAGAUCGCCUGUGUUAACACAGCUACACUCCGUAGUCAACAGAUCCUCUGUCUCGCUAUGUCCCAGAUUAUCGAGUGGGAUAGUCGGAACGUGAUCAUGACUGGAAGCAGUGAUGGUGUUGUUAGGAUGUGGUCUAUUGAGUAUGUACAAGUGCCAAUUGAGAAUAAAAGUGAGAGGAAUGAUAACCGAUGUGAUAUAACACCUGUAGUAGAACAGGCUGAAACAAUGGGCAGUGAAGCAGUCGACAUUCCAAAGACGUCGCGGAAGGAAUCGUGUGCCAGUUACUGUGACGCUAGAGCUGUAGUGGACAGACUCCGGGACUUCAAAGACCCAGAUUUAACAGCUCGUGAAAUAGAAAUGGGAUCGUCAGCAGAGAGCGAGAGUCAUAUUCCGUCACACUUACGUGACUCUCGAUGUGAUUUAUUGCGUGACGGCAGUGUUAUAAGUACUACGAGUAGUAUCAGUGACAUGUGCCGUGGGGACGAUGUACGGAGUACAGAUGGUGCAGAGAUUGACCCUGCUCUCGAUGCACUAGACAUCAUGUAUGCAUCCAAUAUCAGUGAUACUCAGUUACCUAGUCAGUCAGAACCUUGUCUUUCAUCACUCACAGUGGAUGGGAUCAACUACAGUCAGAGUCAUCCUGAUCUAAAGAUGGGAGACGAGAAGGAGGAGUCAAAUCUCUCUAAGUCUGCUUCAUCAGACUUUGAGGUCAUAACGGACAAUGAAGUGAAAAACUCCCCCAAAAUAAUGGAAGAUCUGCUGAAAAGGAAACCCAGGAAACGAAAUGCACUUCGUGAAGGAUUCAGAUGGCAAAGGCAGCUUGUGUUUCGAAGUAAACUAACAAUGCACACAGCCUACGAACGGAAGGACAAUAAGGAUCCUGCUGCUGUUACUGCUAUCGCAGUAGCAAAAGACCAUAAGACAGUGUAUGUUGGUGAUGCCAAAGGCCGGAUAUUCAGCUGGACAGUGACUGACCAACCUGGCAAGGUAGUAGCUGACCACUGGAUGAAGGAUGAUGGGGCGGAGACCUGUCCAACGUGUAACGUUCGCUUCUCCUUCGCAGAACGCAGACACCACUGUCGCAAUUGUGGACAGGUCUUCUGCUCCAGAUGUAGUAAGUACGAGACGGAGAUCAGGCGACUUCGGAUCCUGAGACCAGUACGAGUGUGCCAGGCAUGCUACAAUAUCAUCAAGGCCCAGCAGGCUGCAACUGACAUUACUCACAGCAAGUCAUAAGGCCUGCCUUCAUUAGGCCCCAGAUAUAGUUCAUGUACCAUCAGUUAUGUCUUUAGAAAUGCCUUUGGACUGCAAAUACUAUUCAUAUGAUACCACUACUCACAGCAAAUCUCAAGACCUGCAUUCAGGCUGAAACUACAAUUAAUGUGACAUGUCUACAAGUUGUAUGAUGACAUAUACAGGUGUAGAAUUUGUCAGACACAUUUGGGAGUCAUCAGCCAUAUGUGCAAAUCUUCAUUUACACAAUAGAUACAUGUAGCAGUGUCUAUCAAUCUACGUAAGUCUUUGAUACCACGCCAGCAAGUCUUCAAAUAAACAUAUUUUGUUGUCCGGGAAUAUUAAGGCCUAGUCUACAAUCAAUGACAGUCUUUAACAACUUACCAAAUCUACUGUUAGGACCAUAUGGCAAUAUUAUUAUUAAUGGCUGACCAAGUCAUAGUAAGUCACAGACUGCAUAAGUCAUUAGUUACACCUGACCCUGUCUAGAAUUGAUAUACCACACUGUACAGUGGUUCUAGACUAUGCCAAUACUGUAUGUCAUAUAGUGAUACCACUAUAGCAGUGAGACUCAGUGUGACGAGGCCAUAUAGUAAGGACUUUUGUCCUUGUUUUAAUGACACCUGAGGAAAGAUCAGUUGUUUUGAUGUAUCGCAAACCUCAGUCUAUCGUACUUGUGAUAAAAUUUGUGAGAAGAAACCCACUUAACUGGAGGAAGAAAACCAUUCAAUGAUUUUGUAACUGUGCAGGAGUGAUCUCAAAGGACUUGUCUUUGAAAUACAGCUACAACAUACAACUUAUUGUGAAGAUCGCGGAAGGUUGAGGAGGAAUGGAUUUUUCACAGAAAUUGUGAAACAGUUGCCAAAAUUAGUCCAGACUUUCUAUUAAGUUUGGCAUUAGAUAUAGUCACUAGGUAUCUGACGAGAUGAUAUAAUAUCUGUCAUGUAUAUAAUUGGAAUCAUUUGUAUACAUGAUCUUGAAUAUGAAAAUAUGAGAUUAAUAGAUUCAUCUUGCAUAGCAUAAAUGAAAAUCGUUUUAGAAUGUUAUAUCAUUGAGCUGUCUAGUGUAGCAUGAUCAUUAGAGGAAUUCCUCUUAUGUGACAUGAUCAACCAUAAUUCAUUCCUCUGCAGGGUAUUUCUGAAUGUGCAAUACAUCAUUUGUCUGUGCUGGAAUUAUACUACACAUUCCCAGGACUGGUACUCUUGAGCCAAUCAAUAGUACAUGUAAAUUAAAAGUUUGUUUAUAGUACCCAAAAAUGACUAUGUUAAGAGAUUAAUUUAGCAAAAAAUCAUUGAUAUUGUAUUGAUUAUUGAAAUUCAAAAGGAUUUUUUCCAAAAAAAUCUUUUUUUUGUGUGUUUACGUAAAUUUGAUUGUUAGAACGACACUUUGCUGGAGAUAAAGGUAUCAACAGUCUGCCCAUGCGAUUGACAGGGUCCUGUCAACAGUGUAACAUAGCUUGUUUUUAGCGUGCUUGAUGUACUGUGAAAUAGGAUUGUUUUCCAGUGUUGUUUCAUAAAAAGGUUAAUAUGAAAUUUUCAAAUUGGGGAUUAUUUUAACACACAUUUAUAUUAUAGUCAGGACAAAAUGUAAUAUGAUUAUGAGAUGGGGAAUGUAUGAAUCUAGAUUUCUUUUCAACAUUGUCCAUGAAAUAUGUUUUGUUUAUGACACAAGUAUGUAGUUUAGAACUUGUCCAAGUCUACGGCCCACUGUCAAUCUGGCAGAACAUCUGGUUACACCAAGUGUAGGGUAGAUAUGGGCCUUGUCUGAAAUGUACCAGUCAUUGCCUGAAAUGUUUGAUCAAAAGGUCAUUGUGUUGUGAUGUCUUUGUACAGAGUUUUAGCUGUAACUUAUUAGUAACAUCAUAAAAGUUCUAAAGAGGAUUGGAGCUAUAGUUAUUAUGCAAGUUUUCAAUCUUCAGACUCAGUGAAAAGUAACAUUCACUAGAGAAGAUGAAACCAACAAUACAUACGUUCAUAAUACAUGUUGUGCUUGCUUGUAUAUAUGGUAUAUACAUGUCCUUCAUGUGUGUGUAUAUUGUCACUUUAAUAAGUACUUCCGCACCAAAGCCAAGGUUGUAGAACAGAAACUAGUUAUAUAGUUAUAUAAAUACCAUAAACCAUACUAGAGUUGCAUAUAGAGAUGUUCUGUUUCUGUCAAUAGCUAUCUGUGAUAUUUUAUCUUUUCAUGUUGUUGCCCUUUAUGUGAUUGUCUAGAGUAUAUACAUUAUACAGUGUAAUGUGGGUCAUGUAAAUGGCCGCUAUCCAAUGUACAGAAGCACCAGAAUGUAUAUCGAACUGUUACAUGUUUAAAAUCAAGAUAAAUUCCACUUCCAUUUGUUUAUGUGAAUUGUAUAUAUAAAUUGUCAUGUCGGUAAAUAUUUGCACUAAUUGUAUUGUUAUAGGUUUUCACCUUUAUUCUCUAUUUUAUCAUGGUGUUUUAUAAACAUGUUGUAUUAUCAAAUGUAGAUCCCAUUCAUAUCAUCAUAGAGAAAAAAAGCAAGACCUGUCCUUCGAAUAUAGCAUCUAGAAUUGGUGUUUUAGAGGUGAAAUAGUAUCACUUUUAUUGAAAGAAUUCAGUUUACUGUUUCUUAAAAAAGAAAAUCUGAAGAUGAUUACUUGUAUAUGUUUGAGAUUCAUUUGCAUAAUUGUAAUGAGGUUCAUUGUUAAGUACCUAUGAACUGAACUGUUUUUCAGUUUUAAAGCAUUUGGUACUGUGCAUUAUUGUUUUUUGUUAAGAAAUUAUAAGCUGUGAAUGUUUAAAUUAUACUGUAUACAUAGUCUGUGGUUAGACUAUGGGCAUUUGGAAGGUAAUUUCAAAGUACCUGGUACAUGUAUUGGUAUCCAAAGUUUCAGUUUAUUGAUUUAAUUCUUUAAGUUAAAUUCAGUGUGUAAAGUAUGUCUGUAUUCAAACUUAAAUCAUUGCAUUUUAAGUUAAAUUCAGCAUAUAAGUAAUUGUUAACUUGGUAUUUUGUUGUAAUGGAAAAAGGUGACUGGAGGAAAAGGAUACUGCCGUAGUCCAUAUUGUGUGGGCACUGUGUUGAUUCACUAAAUAACCUUAUUGCUUUAGGUGAUAAAACUAACCUCAUUGUAUUUAUUUCGUAAUUUUUCAACCAAUAAUGGUUUUUUGAUUAUCACUGCCAUCACUACAAAAGGGCCUCACUGGAAAUGAUUAGGAUUUUCCUGAUCGUGUAGCCAAAUUCACUGUUCACUAUAUCAUAACAUCAAGCACAUGUACGUUAUCCACAAUAUCAUAACAUCCAGCACAUUUAUGUUACCCACGAUAUCAUAACAUCCAGCACAUUUAUGUUACCCACGAUAUCAUAACAUCCAGCACAUUUAUGUUACCCACGAUAUCAUAACAUCCAGCACAUUUAUGUUACCCACGAUAUCAUAACAUCCAGCACAUUUAUGUUACCCACAAUAUCAUAACAUCCAGCACAUGUAUGUUAUCCACGAUAUCAUAACAUCCAGCACAUGUACGUUACCCACAAUAUCAUAACAUCCAGCACAUUUAUGUUACCCACGAUAUCAUAACAUCAAGCACAUGUACGUUAUCCACAUUGUGAGGAAUCUCACCACAUGUUCUAUUAUUUGUUCUGUAUCACGUUACAUAUAACUAAACUCAGCCUGGCAUUUGUUUAACUUCAAACGUACAUGGUUAGUAUCAAAUCUUAACCUUAAUGUAAUGCAUUAUAUUAUCAGAAACAUAAGGAACUGGGAUCGUGUGUUUGUAGAGGACAGGGAUGGAUCUGUAGUUAUUUAGGAUAAUUUUCACUUUAGUGCUAGUAUUGUCUGACUGACUUGUAGCCAUCAUUCAUGAGACCUUAGAUAAUUCCCAACCACGAACAAUCAAGUUCUGACUUUAUUAGCCAGCCUGUUUAUAGAACUAGAUGAAGUACCAGUAGGCCUUUGCUCCGCUUUCUUUCUAUGAUAUAUCAUGUUAAAUCCCUGGACCAGAUCAUUGAUUAGUUAUGCUUAAGAAAAUAUGAAAAAUGAAACAUUUUUAUUAAUUCAUAUUCAACCAUUUAAAAAUGAUAUGGUGACAAUUUGUAAUGUCGCAAUGUCAGACAAUAGAUUAGGGAAAUAAGAUUGUUGGUGAAUUGGAUUUGAUGCUGGAUUGGUGUGUGUUUGAAAAAACUGUUGCAGUACCAGUCAAGGUGUUUAGUAAUUAAGUCAUAUAUUUGACCACAGUGUUGAUCAUUUAUUUAAAGGAGAUCUAUUAUUAUCAUUUUAUUUACAGUACUCUUUGAUAUAAAGCUCGGUUAUAUAAGGUUAAACUGUACAUUAUUAGAGACUAUAUGUGUUAACAAGGUUAUACCUGAUCAAAGGUAAUCUGGUUAUGUACGGUUAACAUGGUUAUACCUGAUCAAAGGUAAUCUGGUUAUGUAGGGUUAGCAUGGUUAUACCAGGUCAAAGGUAAUCUGGUUAUGUACGGUUAACAUGGUUAUACCAGGUCAAAGGUAAUCUGGUUAUGUACGGUUAAACUGAACUGUACAUGGUUAGAGACUAUAUGUGUUAACAAGGUUAUACCUGAUCAAAGGUAAUCUGGUUAUGUACGGUUAACAUGGUUAUACCAGGUCAAAGGUAAUCUGGUUAUGUAGGGUUAACAUGGUUAUACCAGGUCAAAGGUAAUCUGGUUAUGUAGGGUUAACAUGGUUAUACCAGGUCAAAGGUAAUCUGGUUAUGUACGGUUAACAUGGUUAUACCAGGUCAAAGGUAAUCUGGUUAUGUACGGUUAACAUGGUUAUACCUGAUCAAAGGUAAUCUGGUUAUGUAGGGUUAACAUGGUUAUACCUGGUCAAAGGUAAUCUGAUUAUGUAGGGUUAACAUGGUUAUACCAGGUCAAAGGUAAUCUGGUUAUGUACGGUUAAACUGAACUGUACAUGGUUAGAGACUAUAUGUGUUAACACGGUUAUACCUGGUCAAAGGUAAUCUGAUUAUAUAAGGUUUAACUGAACUGUACAUAGUUAGAGACAAUAGGUGUUAACAUGGUUAUACCUGGUCAAAGGUAAUCUGGUUAUGUAGGGUUAACAUGGUUAUACCAGGUCAAAGCUAAUCUCGUUAUGUAGGGUUAACAUGGUUAUACCUGGUCAAAGGUAAUCUCGUUAUGUAGGGUUAACAUGGUUAUACCAGGUCAAAGGUAAUCUGAUUAUAUAAGGUUUAACUGAACUGUACAUGGUUAGAGACUAUAGGUGUUAACAUGGUUAUACCUGGUCAAAGGUAAUCUGGUUAUGUAGGGUUAACCUGAACUGUUCAUGGUUAGAAACUUUAGGUAUUAACAUGAAUAUACUUAGUUAAAGGUAAUCUUGUUAAUCAGGUAUGUUUCUAAACAAAAUAUACUCAAUAAAAAAAGAUGAAAUAGACUUGAUAUAACGGCAGGUUAAACUGUACUUUCAGCUUAAAUAAAGAUAUCAUUUUGGUUGAAACUUAUCUCAGCUUCAGGCCUAUUUUGCUGUUAUCCAUGGUUAGGCCAAGUUUGAGGCUACACCUGGUUCUAACAUUUUAAAUGUUUUUACCUUUGAGUUUAUAUGUAAGGCAAUAGAUUAUACCUGAAGUCGUUAAACAUCAUAUUGUAUAAUCAGGAAUAACAAGUACUUGUUAAGAGGUGGUGGAUUAUGGUGUUGAGUUAUAGGUAAUCAAAACAAACAUUCCUUUUUGUUGCAAUAACUGAAAAUUUAGUUUUCUGAACCUAUACUACCAGCACCAAUUAAGGUGAUUUAUUAACUAAUUUAAAAUCUAUUGAUCUUCAGCUGACAUAAAGGCACUCCUACCUGUGGUGCUCAACAGAUAUAUUGGACUCCAUGUGUUAAUCUCUUAACCUUUUGUUGAUGAAGGCCCUACAAUAUUAAUGCCAGUGUUGUUUUCUUGUGCAAUAUGGAAAGAAAUGUUCAAAUUAUGUUUUAAUGCGACAAAAUAUGGAACCAUUAUACCAUAUGUUAGAAAAAUAAAUGUCAUUUGUUUUGUGAUUCUUUAUUUAAAAACAAAGUGAUUUUCUUAAUUUAUGUCAUAUGAUUUAUGUUGAACUCUUGAUUGUUCUUAUUUAUGUCAUGUCAAAUGUGUGAAUUGAUUUAAUGCAUCCUACAAUGAAUACAAGUAACCAAAGUUCAGAAAGAAUUUCAGAAAAUAAUUUAUUAGAGCAUAAUAUGUUUAUAUUUACUUCAAAGUCUCCGUGAAACAUAUAAGUUGUAAAGAAAUACUGGGUGAAGUUUUCAGCAGUGAUACUGAAUUCAGUAUUUCCCCCAAACAUGUCUUUUGGCAAAACCAGCAAUUUCAGUAUUUCCAGAAUUGGACACUUUCACCCAUGGUAACGUCAGGUUGUAAUUGGUUGAUAUCUGUAGUUAAUGACUUAGAUAUAGAAAUGGUUACAUUUCCAUAGUUAUGGUGUCUGCAUUCCUUAUAUAAGGCCAGUUCUUCUUUGGUUAUUCACAAAGAUAACUUUAGUUUUUCAACUGUGAAAAAUAUUCAUAGAUCAGAAUUUAUAGAGAUUAACUAGAGAAAAGCUAACCCCACCCAUCCGCCAGUUAGGUAUAAAGCCAUAUUAACUCUGGGUAAAGUCAAACAUAUUAACUCUGGGUAAAGUCAAACAUAUUAACUCUGGGUAAAGUCAAACAUAUUAACUCUGGGUAAAGUCAAACAUAUUAACUCUGGGUAAAGUCAAACAUAUUAACUCUGGGUAAAGUCAAACAUAUUAACUCUGGGUAAAGUCAAUCAUAUUAACUCUGGGUAAAGUCAAACAUAUUAACUCUGGGUAAAGUCAUAUUAACUCUAGGUAAAAACAUAUUAACUCUGGGUUCUGUCGAUAAAUAUGAUCCUGUGAUAGUCUUGUUUUAUGUUAUUUGUUGGUUUCUUGGGUUCUUAUAUUGGGUAGUCAAAAUCCAAUGUGUCCUGUAAUUAAUUACCCCACUGAGAUAAAAUCAUUGUGUGUACUUCUUUGUUGAACUCACUGAGUCUAAAUCCUUGUGUGUUCUACUAUGUUAACCCACUGAGUCUAAAUCCUUGUGUGUUCUACGAUGAUUACCCCACUGAGUCUAAAUCCUUGUGUGUACUUCUAUGUUGAACCCACUGAGUCUAAAUCUUUGUGUGUUCUACUAUGUUAACCCACUGAGUCUAAAUCUUUGUGUGUUCUACUAUGUUAACCCACUGAAUCUAAAUCCUUGUGUGUUCUUCUUUGUUUAACCCACAGAACUGUUUUGUGACUACAAAUAUUACAACUGUUGAUGUAAGGAAGAAUGUUUAGACUUCAGUAUCAAUCCCUACAGAUUCACUACUGUAGAUAAUACUCUACUAGAUCUACCUGGCGAUGUAACUAGAAACGGGUUUCUCCUCUCCACCACCUUCCUGUGUAAUCAUGGAUUAUGUCUCCACAUUUCUUGUUGGUCCUGAUGCCUUUACAUGUUUUAAUGAAAAUGAAUUUGUUUAUUCAUGUCUGUCAAACGUAGGAGAAAAUAUUUUACAUAUAACUAUUUAGCUCAGUGUUCACACAUAAUUUCAAUUUUGAUUUGUUACGGAAGUGGACCAAAAUAAGAUGUUGUUUCUGUGUUAAUCAUGGUUGUUAGUGUUUAUUAGAAAAUCAUAGUAAGGGCAUAAUAUGUUUUACAACCUAGGACAUUUCAUAGAAUUUAUACUACCUGAUUGUGUAGCUUUUAUUACUUUUCAUUACUAUUUAACCAGAGAAAAGAAUGGUUACUCCUGUAAUUAGGGAUAAUGUUGAAAAUAUGUGUGUAUAUAUAGAAACAGAAAACAAAACAGGAGAUUGAUUAAGUAGGUACAUGUUUACAGUCAGUAGAUAAAUGUAGAAUAAGAUAAAUUGUCAAUCAUGAUUUCUGAUCAUACAGAAAACCUUGUUUGAGAGUGAUAUAUCGAGAGUGAGAGAAAAUAUAUCAGCAUCAAAAUAUCUUGUUUAUUAGCAUAUAAGAUGUUCCUAAGGAAACAUCUUCACUCCAAAAAAUCCUCACUAAAGUUUCCAACUGUUAAUGGAGAGAGAUUUGAUGCAGCCUUGCUUUUGAGUACAACUGCACUUGCCAAACAUCGAUGGUAUGCAGAUCUAUAUAGUAUUUUCACAAAUUCUGUCUCACUUAAAAAAAAAUUGAUAGAGAUAUAUAUUUAUUUUGGUCUGUUCAAACUAAUAUUGUACAUUUAUAGUUUAAAGUAGAUAUUUAAUAUAUUUCAAUAUCAGAAAACUACACUAACAUAAGUUAAUUGAAUAUGAAAUGUGCUUUCAUUAUGCAUCAGUUUUUUUUCUUUUUUUUUCUUUGUUUUAAUCAGAAAUCUAGUCAUUUAGAUUUGUUUGUUCUAUAACCACAAAGUACAGUAUAUGUUAAUAGUAUGUCGGGGCAGAUAAUAUGACUUGUAUCUAUGUCAGGAACAUGUCCUCAAAGAACAUACGUUUAGUAAUGAUUAAUGGUAAUAAUAUAAUAGUACUAGGAGUAUAAAAUUCAGUUCUAUCUAUGGCUAAAAGCAGUUCAUGGUGGGAAAUUAUAAUGCACUGGUUUUGAAAAAAGGAUGCUUUCAUAAACAAACAUUCUUUCAGCAAAAUGUUUAAUCUUUCUCAAUGUUAGGAUUUGUUCCAUUUGCUUCUGAUCUGCUUAAACACACCAUAGCUUCUACAGGACAUUUGUAUCUCAUGUUGUUAAAGUGUCUUCAUUGAUGUCAACAAAACAGUAUAAUUCCAUUGACACCUUUAAAGUAUGAUCUGUGAUUCCCGCUGUGUUAGACACCACAAUUAUGAUGAUCAUUCAGUAGGUAGUUAAUCAGAUAUUGUGAAGAGUUUCAGGGAAGGGAAAUUCUUUUAUUGACAAGUUUUAGCAAUCUAUCCCAUGAUUCCUUGUGCUAGGUUUGCGGGUGCACUGCACUCUGGGAUAGAUUGAAAUUUUACUUUUUCUUGUGUCGUUAUGAUGAAUGUUAAACUGCAAUACAUUGCUGAUUCCCUUUGUUGACGAAAUAAUAUGUGUACUGCUUAUGUGAGAGAUAAUGUAUCGAUUCAUGUUGUAAGGUUAUGUAAGAUUGAAGUAAAUAAAACCUACAAAAGUCACUAAACCAUUGUA